UCUAAAGCGGGAGACCACGGCUCCGAUCUAAGACAACCUGUCAGAAAAGGCAAAGAAAAAAAAGAAUAAGUCGGGAGUGAUCUGACCUGAAUAUGGAAACGAGAAUACAACUAUACCCUUCUAAAUCGGGAUAAGCGCGAAAUCGGCUUUGGGGAUGGCUCCCGGAAGCCUUGCACCACCGCCAAUAUCUAUCACCCCCGUUAUCAAGACCCCCGACGACGACGGCAGCGAUUACGAUUUCAACGGUAGUGACGACGAUAAUAUUCAGGUGGACUUGGAUUACGCCCUAUACGAUAAUAAGAGGUUACUUACGCCUGAUCGAGACUCCUUCUACGAUCCCAAUCGUUUAUCACCCAUCGCUCCCACUUUCCAGAUCAACGACUUCUCAAGUCCUCCCAAUAUGACCUCCAGCUCGGGCGGUCGAAACGAGAAUUCUUCGCCCGUUGAUAUCUCCAGCUCGUCCAAUGGCGCUCCGAACCCAUUCAACUUUCAGACUCAGGUGAUUUCCACCUCGCCUGUGAAACCAAACGUCGGCCAGCGCAGAGGCCAUAAAUACAAACACUCGAGCAUCAGCGCCCAGCAUCAGAUCUUCCAAGAGCCACCGCCACGUCCACCGCUGGCUCUACCGCGCGAUCUACCUAUACCCACUGUGAAGGAAGCAUGGAAGUCCAUGUCCAAAGAUCAACGCCGCCGGCUUUACUGGUGCAUGUGCCACGGCGUCAUCGCCAUAUCUGUCUUCCUCUCCGCCCAUGGCUCCCUCGCCAUGACCGCACUCUCCCACCUAGUCUUGUUCGACGUCGGGUCCGCCCUGAUCUGCGUGGCCGUCGAAGUCCUCGGCAACUUCGAGGUGUGGAAGCGGAGCAGCAUCCGACACCCCUUCGGCCUGGAGCGCGCCGAGGUGCUCGCCGGCUUCGCCCUGAGCAUCUUCCUUAUCUUCGGCGGCUUCGACCUGGUCAGCCAUAACCUAAAGCACGUCCUCGAGGGGAAAGGCGGCCACUCGUCGCACCACCCCGACCCCCACGACGGUUUGGCUCCUAGGGUGUCCCCCGGCGACGUAGACAUGGCCAGCCUGGCCGCUAUCUUGGCCACCCUCGUGAGCGCGUACGGCCUCCGGAACCACGCCCGCAUCAGCAAGGUCAUGCGCGUCAGUUACCUCGCCAGCCUGCCCAGCGUGCUCUCCAACCCCUUCCACUUCCUCACCCUCUCCACCUCCGCCCUCAUGGUUCUCCUCCCCCUGCUCUUCGUCCCCAUCGGCGUACUCCUCGACAGCACCAUCUGCGCGCUCGUAGCCGUAGCCAUGUUCGCGCUGGGCCUGCGGCUCGCCAUCGCCCAGGGCCUCAUGCUUCUCAUGAGCUACGGCGGACGAUCCGGCACCACCACCAGCAGCACCAGCACCAGCACUUCCGGUUCCGGCUCGAGCAAUCCGGGCAAGAACAAGGAGGUCGGCGUCGCGGACGUGGUGCGCGAGAUCGAGGCCGAGCCCGGCGUCGAGCGCGUCGAGGAGGCCCAGUUCUGGCAGGUCCACUACGGCCUGUGCAUGGCCAACCUCAAGCUCGCGGUGGCUAAGGGCGCCGGCGCCGACGACGCCGCGCUCAGCCGCCUCCGCGCCCGCGUCGCGAGCCUGAUACAGAACCGGCUCGGCGAGGGGUACGGGAAGGGGGGCAGCUUGCGGUGGGAGGUUAGUCUGCAGUUGGGUACCGCGGGGACGUACUGAGGAAGGAAAGGUAGGGGACGGGAUCGGUUUGUUUUAAGUUUUCGGAGCGUUAGGUACCUAUAUUCUGGCCUGGUUUGUUUUUUUCAUUGUUUUUGUUUAAUGCUGAGAAGGGAAUAAAAUUAAAAUAAAACGUUAAAGUAAUAACUCGAAGGGGGAGACAAAAAAAGGGGGGG